UGCGUCCUUCUGAGAGCUGGGCAGCCACAAUACAUGCUUGUGAUUCUUCUAAUUCCACAUCCUCCACCACACCCAAAGAUGGCAAAGAGAGGCUUUCAUCCUCCUCCACACCAAAAGAUGACAAAGAGAAGUUUGACACGUUUUCUUCCUUAGAAGAGGAUGCAACAGAGAUGGGGUGAAACUGGUCAUGCCUUGAUCUAAUUAGAUUGAUGUAACCUGUGGUGGUCGUUUGGAUGUUUCCCUGUUAACCACAGACUGAGCACGUGUGUUUCAAAAAUAAAGUGAUGGCAACUGUUCAAGAUGACUCCGACAGCACGGGCAGUUGGCUAAAUGCCCGGUCUCUGCACAUUCAAGAGCUGCUGACUCCCUCACUGACUCCAAAAGGGAGCAGCUCAGUCCUGGGCCAUCAAUCCCCUGUUGAGGUGCUCAUCGGAGACCAGCACACCCCUCUGACAGCAGUCCUCAGCCCCGAAGCAGAACAGCUCACAGACAGGAAUUUGGACAUGAAUAGACGUUGCUUGGAUGAUGUCAUCACGACUGUGCUGACUUCUGAGGACACCCUGUUGGCAAAACGUAGGGUGGUGGUGUUGACAGGACCAGCAGGGGCAGGGAAGAGUGUGUGCGUGAACAAGUUAGCACAGGAUUGGGCAAGGGGCCAAGUGCUGAAGGGCUAUGAGCUGGUCUUACACCUGUGUGUCAGUGAGUGUGUGACCACUUGGGUGAGUAAAGUGAGGGAAUGUGGGUCUGUGAGUGAGAAGGAGGAGAGGAAGCAAAGCUGUCUGUCUCUAGAGAAUCUUCUAAUGUUGGCUCACCCUCAUCUCUCCUCCACUACUGUCUCUUAUGUUCUGAAAGAACCAUCCUCACCCACCCAGCCCCGGCUCCUGCUCCUCCUGGAUGGGCUGGAUGAAAUCCCUCAUCUUCCCGACAUCUCUGAGCUGCUCCUCUCUCCCUCCUCUCUCCCUCUCUGUUCUGACCCUAGGCGCCCAGUGCCCAUCUCCCACCUGCUCUCCAGCUUGGCACAGGGCACUCUGCUGCCUGCUGCCUCCCUCCUCAUAACAUCCAGAAAGGUGCCAGACAUGGAUGCACUGCCCCCUGGUGUCAAGCGUGUGGAGGUGCUGGGCUUCUCCACCUCUCAGAGGAGCCAGUUCUUCCAGCGCUUCCUCAGUGAGGAUGGGGAUCUGGCACCGAAGAUGACCCAGCUCUGUGAGAGCGUGUUUGGAGUGUAUGAGUUCAGCAGCUUGCCUCUCUUCUGCUGGACACUGGCCUCUGUAGGUCGCACCUUGCAGCAGACUGGAGGUGCCCCUCCUGAGACUCUGACGCAGCUGUGGGCUCACAUCACAGCCCUCAGCCUGAGACCCAGUGUCAGCCCAGAAGGUGCAACUCAGGUGCCCCCCCUCCCCACCCUGCUGCGUGGGUUAGCCCAGUUGGCACGUACCAUCUCCAUGGAUGGCCGAGGCUUUUGCUCUCAAGAGGAACUGCUGUCAGUUGGUCUGGAGCCAUUCCUUUCCUCUCCACAGCUGCGUGCCUUUCUGCAAGAGGCCAUCGAUGCCCACGGAGCCCACACUUUCUUCUUCCUGUCUCCAAUGAUGCAGGAGUUCCUUGUGGCUGUCAGCUUGUUCCUUGAGGGUUGUGGAUGGGUAGGCAGCAUGGAUGAGCUGCUGACUGAUCUGGAGGACGGAAUGAUGGAGUUUGCGGAGGUGUUUGUGGCUGGGCUGUCUGAGACUUCUCAGCGUGCACCACUGGAGGGGGUGCUGGAGGCAGGAUAUGCAGCGGAGCAGGGCACGGGGUUUCAGCGUUGGCUGCAGACUCACGCGCAACAAGCCCUGGACGGCUGCUCCAGAGAGAGACACCUGCGUUGCUUCCGCCUGCUGAGGGAAACUCAGAACCAAACACUGGUGAAACGAAGCAUCAGCAGCCCCAGCGCGAGACUGGGGAUCAGCUACGGUGGCCUGGGAAGAGCAGACUGUGCAGCACUGAGCUACGUGCUGAGCUGUGCUGGGGAGAUCCAACGGCUGAACCUUUACAACAGCAAGAACCUGACUAGUGAUCACACUUCACAACUGCUUCCUGUUUUUAAGAUGGCUAACAGCAUCAUGCUGUCUCAGAGCAACUUGACUCCAGGAGCCUUGGCCCAUCUUGCAGAAGGCCUCAGAGGGGGAAGCACCACAGAGCUUGAUCUGUCCUACUGCAGCCUCAGAGAUGAGGGACUCAGGGUGCUCUGCCCUGCCCUCAGCCACUCCCCCCUGCACACACUCAGGGUCCCUGUUUGUAAGCUCACAGCUGUAUGUUGUAAGGACCUGUCUGCAGCUCUUGCAGUCUGUGCACUGCGUGUUCUGGAUCUGCGCGGGAACAGUCUCACUGAUGAGGGACUUACGCUGCUUUGCAACGCACUCAAGAGCCAGCAGUGUAAAUUGCAGGAGCUCAGUCUCCACAGCUGUGAUCUCACCGCCGGCUCGAUGAGUGCGCUGUCUGAGGCCUUGAGCUGUGGUCACUGUCCUUUAACAUCCCUUGAUCUGACCGGAAAUGACCUGUGUGACCUCGGAGUGAACACUCUCUCAAAUGGCCUCGGCAACCCCAGCUGCAAAAUACACACGCUCAAGCUGUUUGAGUGUGAGCUGACUGACUCAUGCUGUGCAGCUCUGGCUGCUGCUGUGAGAUCAGGAGGGUCAUUGGCAGAGCUGGACCUUUCCUGUAAUGACCUCGGCCAGGAGGGGGCGCUUCUGCUCUGCGAGAGCCUCAAGGCGCCGGAAUGUUCUCUCAUCAGUCUCAGUAUGACACGGUGUGAGCUGACCCUGCCAGUGUUUAGUGCCCUGGAGGAAGUGCUGUGUGAUGGGUCUAAGCUGCAGGCUCUGGCUCUGGGAUUGAACCAAGUGGGAGACACAGGAGCCAGACACCUGUGGAGGGCCCUGAAACAUGCACACUGCAAACUACAGGAUCUGGAUUUAGAGAUGAUUGGCUUGACAGAUGACUGUGUGGCGGAUCUGUGUGAAGCAGUGAGGGCCCACGGCUCUCUGAAGACCCUCAUCCUGAAGAACAACUCUCUGACCGACAGCUCUAUUCCCUCCCUGGUCCAGCUGGCAAAGGCCUGCCCCGGCAUGAAGGAGCUGAAUGUGCAGUAUAAUGACCUGAGUGAGGAUGUGUUUGAGUUGAUGGACAGCUGUUCCAGGAUCAGAUACUGAGCCCACAUGAUCAGCACACAGCGCGGGAAAGAUCCUGCUUGAUGACAAUUUAAAUGUCAGUGCUGGUAAAUCACAACAGUAAUACUGCCUUCUGCUUUUUAUUUCACUAUCUUGCACAUGUUUUGUAGUAUUCAACAUUUUCACCUGGCACAGUGUAUGAUGUCAAGUCAUUGAUAUUCCAGUGUAACUGCAUAUUUUUAACUACACAGAAAAAGUAUACUUUCUUACCAUACUUUCUUAUGCCUUACCAUUGACACCAAAUUUGUAAUGAUUCCUACCCAGCCUCUCUUUAGUCUAUGCACUUUACUAUUUGUGUCUCUAUUUCAGCCUGUGAUAGCUGUUUCUGUGAGUGCUUUAACAAUGCUUGAAGUUUUAAUAAAGUUUUGAUAUAAUCAUGAUACCAA